UUUAGAAGUACGAGUUUCUAGCAUUAAACAGUCUCCAUUUUAACUCCUCGAAUUUAUAAAAAUUUUCAAUAAUAAUUACAAAAUAAUUAAAACGACAUUUUUCAUCGUGUUUUAUAUAUUGUGAAAUCAAAAAUAUUUAUUGUAAAUAUCAAAAUUGGUACAUAUACAUAUGAUUUUUUAAACUGACACUGAAGACACGUGUUUAUAUUUACAUCCACACAAAAGACGUCAAAAAUUUUUAAGUGUUAUUGUACUCUAAAUAAUCAUCCGAUGGGUAGCGACAAAUAUUACGUAUUUUAUUUAUAUAAAUAGUUUUAUCAUGUUUGUUGCGGCAAUUAUCGAUACAUAAAAGUACCUACAAUGAAAAAAUGUUAUAAAUCAUCAGUAUUGUGUUAUUCUUUGUACUGAGAAUAUGAAAUUCCAGUAUAACCUCACUUUAUUUUUUCUUUUACUAUUGUUCGAACAAAUCAAAACUAAUUUAAAUCCUGUUAUACUAAUACCAGGUGACGGGGGUAGCCAAUUAGAAGCCAGAUUAAAUAAAACACAAAGGAUACAUUAUUUUUGUGACUUAUCCACCGCUGAUUUUUUCAACAUAUGGUUAAAUUUAGAACUUUUAAUGCCUCUAGUCAUAGAUUGUUGGAUAGAUAAUGUAAAACUUAUAUAUGACAAUACAACUAGAAUUACUAGAAAUAACGACGGGGUUGAAAUACGAGUACCGGGUUGGGGUGGUACUGAAUCUGUUGAAUGGUUAGAUCCAAGUCAUACGUCAACCGGGGCUUAUUUUAAAGACGUCUCGAAUACUUUAGUGAGUAUGGGAUACGUGAGGAAUCACAGUAUAAAAGGAGCACCGUACGAUUUCAGGAAAGCACCAAAUGAAAAUGGUGAUUUCUUUGUACAACUUAAGGUUUUAGUAGAAGAUACUUAUAGUGAAAAUAACAAUAGUGCUGUAGUUUUGUUGGUGCAUUCUAUGGGGGGACCUAUGGCUUUGAGAUUUUUAAAUAUGCAAACUCAAGCUUGGAAAAAUAAGUAUAUCGCAGGGUUGAUUUCGUUAGCGGGGGUUUGGGGUGGUUCUAUGAAGGCCAUUAAAGUUUACGCUAUCGGUGACAAUUUAGGAUCUUUCGCCCUUCGAGAAAGCGUCAUGAGGGAAGAACAAAUAACGUCACCAAGUCUAGCUUGGUUAUUACCGUCGAAACUUUUUUGGAAACCAGACGAAGUUCUUGUACAAACCAGUAAAAAAAAUUACACCAUCAACGAUUUAGAAGAAUUUUUCCAGGGAAUCGAUUUUAUGGACGGUUGGGAAAUGAGGAAAGACACCGAAAAGUAUCAACUCGAUUUCAAACCACCUGGAGUAGAGGUCCAUUGUUUGUACGGUACGGAUGUGCAAACCGUAGAACGGUUGUAUUAUAAACCCGGUACCGAUUUGACCGGAUAUCCAACGCUGAUAUACGGAGAUGGGGACGGUACCGUCAACAGGCGGUCCUUGGAGGGAUGUCGCCAUUGGCAGACUCUUCAAAAACAAAAAGUUUUCGUUCAACAAUCUCCGAAAAUCGAACAUUUGCAAAUUUUGCACGACAAAUCGACGCAGGAUUACAUCAGAAACGUUAUGAAAAAAUUCGCCAAUAAAAAAAGAAAAAAGCAAUUUUGGCAUUAUAAAAUGUUGAAUUGAAAUUUUGUUAAAUUAAUUUUUAUUUAAAAUAUAUUAGUGACGAUUUUUUUGAUAUUUUUUUUUAACUACGGGGGUCCAAUUUUCGAUUUUUCCACCAUAUUCCCUGAAAUUCAAUUAUUUUUCCCUUUAGUAACAUUUUUCAAAGUACCCUCGUAUUUCUAUUACCAGAAGAAUAUUCAAUUCCAACUUUUCUUUUCCGCAAAUCUUUGUGUCACCCUCGUAUUUCUAUUACCGGAAGAAUAUUCAACUCGCCCCCCUCGUAUUUUUCACAAAACUCGCCUUUUUCGUAAUAUUUGAAAGUACCCUCGUAUUUCUAUUCUCAAAAGAAUAUUCAGUACAAUUUGACCUUAACGUUAUUCGUUGUAACGCCCUCGUAAUUUUCUUUUCGAUAAAAAAUUCCUUUUCGUAAUUUCUCAAAGUACCCUCGUAUUUUUUACUCAAUCCCAGCUUCUAUUUUCCCUAAUUAUUUCUAUUGCCCUCGUAUUUUUUUGGGAAGAAUAUUCCUUCUCAUAGCUCGCUCUUUUUGUAAUUCCUCAAAGUACCCUCGUAUUUUUAUUAAGAAUAUUCAAUUCCAGCUUCUCUUUUCCGUAAUUCUCUGUAUCACCCUCGUAUUUUUUGUGAAAGAAUAUUCCCUUACAUAGCUCGCCCUUUUCGUAAUGUUUUGAAGUACCCUCGUAUUUUUAUUGUCAAAACAAUAAUCAGCAUUCCUAUUUGUAAUUUUUCAAAGUACCCUCGUAAGCACCCUUGUAUUGUUUUUUUAGUACCCUAAUUUUUCUUAUUUUUUUUCUUUUCAACAUACUAUGUAGCACCCUCGUAAUUAGUUCAACAAAAAAAUAAUCUACUACCAAACUUUUUCCCCGAAUUCUUCGUUACACCCUCGUAGUUUCCUUUUUAAAACAAUAUUCCGGUAACUCGUUUUUUUCAAAAUUUUUUGUAACACCCUCGUAUUUUUCUUUUUGAUAUAAUGUUCUAAUAUCAAGUUUGUCAAUUUAAUAACGUUUAGUACCGCCCUCGUACGUUUAUUAUCUAAUAGUAUUUCAAUACCAAGCUCGUAGUUUUCAAAAUACUUUAUACCACUCUCGUAUUUUGUUUAUCAACGGGAUAUUUAAAUACCAAACUUUUUUUCCAAAUACUUCGUGGCAUUUUCGUAUUUUUCUUUUCAACAAAUUUUCUAUGAAAACUAUUUUCACGCAACAUUUAAUUGAACACUAAAUUUUAAGGAAUGUUUUAUUAUAAAAUUAUUACAGUAAUAACCUCAUUUUGACGUGAAGCAGCCAUACUAAUAUUUCUUCUUUUUUAACAUAUACAAUUUGUGUAGACAACCUACUGUAACGGAUGUGACGUUGUAUAUAACGAUAUAAGGUGCAUCAGCUUUUGUAUGAUAUUUAACACAAUUACUGACGACUUUUGAAUUUAUUUAUUUAUUAUGAAGGUUGUUUUUUUUUUCGUAUAGGUUUGUUAAUUCUUUUUUAGAUAUUUAUUAUUUAUAAAUCUUCCAUAUAACAUUUUUUUUAAUUAAUUUGUUUAUGAAUAAAAGAAUUUGAAAGCAA